AUGCGGCUUCCACCCCCGGAGAUUUUGAUGUCAUGGCCGACGCCAAACUAUAGCGAUCCUCCGACUCGGGGUAACUCUGCGUUUAUUGUCAAUGUUGCCGGCACUGCUUUGGCAUUAAUUGUGACCUGCCUUCGCCUUUACACUCGUCUCAGAAUAACGUGCAGCCCGGGGUUUGAUGAUGUCUUGAUUGUGAUUGCUCAGAUCUUUGCAAUUGGCAUGUGCGCGGUUAUAUCGCUGGCAACUGAGCAGUAUGGGUGGGAUCGGCAUAUGUGGGAUGUACCGUUGGAAUGGAUUCCCGCCAACUCCAAACUCAACCUGUCCUUUCAGCUCCUCUUUUCGUUGGCCUCGUCAAUCACCAAGCUUUCCGUUCUCUGGUUUAGCAAACGUCUGCUCGGGGCUGGAAGUAAGGGUUUGUACCGGUCAUACAACAUUGUCUUGAUUGUGGCCAUGGUUUUUGUUACGAUCUGCUGCACGCUCUUUACAUUGAUGAGCAUCUUCCAAUGCCGGCCCAUACGUGCGUACUGGGACUUUCAGCCGACCUAUGAUUAUACCUGCCUGAAUGACGGUUAUAUGGUGUUUUCCGCCAGCGUCGUCAACAUUUUCACCGACUUCCUUGCCACAGUUCUUCCUAUGCCAUUGAUCUGGAAUCUUAAGCUUCCCGCCCGACAACGAAUUGCCGUGAUUUCGAUUUUCGGGCUGGGAAUCGUGGUCAACGUUGCUGGUUCCGUUCGGACGGUGUAUGUGUGGAAGAGCAUGGUUGCCUCUUACGAUACAACUUGGUUGGGCUGGCCGGUUCUCCUGGCGGCGACCAUCGAGAUCAGCAUUGGCUUGAUCUGUGCGUCGGCACCAGCAUUGAGGCCACUCCUCGCAUUCUUCGUGCCCCGUUUGCUCCAAUCCACCCGCCAAUACGCAUCCUACGAACAACAAAACCCGUCUCAGAAACUGUAUUCAUCAACCGGUCCGUCUAGGAACUCUAAGUACGGGUCGCGCCAUUAUGGGGAUGCGUUCGAUCGCAUGGAGGUUAUGCGGACGGUUGAAAUGGAAACCUGGACCGAGCCAAGCCCCCCAAGAGAUGCCGCUCGACGUCACGGCGUCACUUCAAACCAUACUCGAGUUGCCACUCCGACUCACAAUUUCGAUUUGAAGGACAGCGGCACCGUGAUUACUUCGCAAGGCAGCGACAGAUCUACAGUCUCUCUGACUCGGGAGACAAGUGAGUCGCCCUUUGGCGACAACCACUAUGUUUAA